AUAUACUGUAAGAGGAGGCACUGAGAGGAGUCAGGAUGCAAGAUGCUGCUACCGAUCUGCUUUAGUUCAUUGCUACUGCACCUUAGUGAUAAUAAAGGAACCAAACGCAGCAAGCUCUAGGACUUGGAUCUAUUAUACAGCUGCCGAUGCUCUGCUUCCCUGGCUGCCUCAGCUGUUUGUAGUUCCCUCAGCGAGGCGCACUGAAAGAUUUCUAGGUGGGCUUGAUAAUUAUGCCAUAAGCAGCUGACGCUAAUUGAACAUCUCUAGCAUCUCUCAAUGGAACUGCCUGGACAAACGGAGCGCCUGUAAUGUGAGCGCCGUAGAGGAUACUGCUGUUACAGCUUGUGAUGCGCAUCUACUGGCCACAUCACAUUACAUUGGAUCUUGAUGUGAGGAAAUGCAACUGAACUCCUCUUGGUGAGAGAGGAAUCUCUACCUCUGCUUCUGUGUGGUGGAGCCGCUCACCAUAGUCUGACUGCUCUGAACGCUCUGUGAUCGCAGGAUUUGGUGGUGCUGACCCUGUCGUGUCUGAUACCAUCUGCUACUUCUGCGUUUCCGUACCGCACCAACCCUCUCUGUCUGUCAAAGGAACGCUACCCACCUACCUACCUGCACCGAUGUCGUGGAUGGAUGGAGCAUUGCGCAGGAGUGAGGGUUCUAUAAAGCAGCGGCACCAUCAGUGUACACAGAGCAGUAAAACCGCAUGGUGAGAGAGUGAUCAGAGAGGUGCAAGAGAGAGAGACAGACAGAGAAAGAAAGAACCAGAGAGAGAGAGAGAGAAACACAGAGAGAGAAACAGAGAGAAGUACUAGAGAGAGAGAUAGUGUGAGAGAGAGAGAAAGAAACAAAGAGAGAGAGGUACUCUAGAGAGAGAUUAAAUCAUCUGACAGUCAGACAGUGAGUGACAGUGUGUAGUGGAGAGUGGUUCCUUCCUGCCUGCAUGACAGAGCUGCAGUGUGUGAAGCCGCUGUCUCUCUCUGCUCUGAUAAACUAAUAGGUUAAUGAGACAAGUAAUGCAGGUGCUGUAGAGAGGAGAGAAGAGACAAUACUCCCGUGACUACAGCACAGGGAGGAUGCUCUGAGGACCAGACUGAGGAGUGCUCUUAGGAUUCAGGGAUUCACACUGCAGAGUGCAGACAGAGGUCUGCUGUACGUACCUGAGAUACCGCAGUUAACCGCUGCACCUUAUAACACAUUCAGCAUGGAUGAACUGUGUACAUACACAGAUAGCAUGGACAAAAACUCCCUAAAGUACCCAAAGACUGAGCAGACAGAGAAAAUGUGGAUGCGACUCAAGGGAAUGCAGAAGUACAAAAACACAUCUCAAAGAUUGAGAUGCCUGGUGAAGCAGCUGGACAAGGGAGAGGUGAACGUGGUGGACCUGAGGAAGAAUAUAGAGUAUGCAGCCUCUGUUCUAGAGGCAGUCUAUAUUGAUGAAACCAGGCGUCUUCUGGACACUGAGGAUGAGCUCAGUGACAUCCAGGCGGACUCUGUGCCCAUGGAGGUGCGUGAUUGGCUGGCCUCAACCUUCACCAGGAAGAUGGGCGUGGUCAGGAGACGACCCGAGGAGAAACCACGGUUCAGGAGCAUCGUCCAUGCCGUGCAGGCUGGCAUCUUCGUCGAGAGGAUGUACAGACGGACGUCUAACAUGGCUGGGCUGACGUACCCUCCAGCUGCCAUCGCUGUUUUGAAGGAUGUAGAUAAAUGGGCCUUUGAUGUGUUUGCCCUCCACGAGGCCAGCAGUGAACACGCAUUGAAGUUCCUGGUGUACGAACUGCUCACCCGCUAUGAUCUGAUCAACCGCUUCAGGAUUCCAGUUUCAUCUCUGGUGACCUUCGUAGAGGCUCUAGAGGUGGGCUACAGCAAACACAGAAACCCCUACCACAACCUCAUCCACGCUGCUGACGUCACACAGACAGCACACUAUCUGAUGCUCCACACUGGCAUUAUGCACUGGCUCACUGAACUGGACAUUCUAGCCAUGGUGUUUGCUGCAGCUAUCCAUGACUUUGAACACACUGGGACAACCAACAACUUUCACAUUCAGACCAGGUCAGAGGUGGCCAUCCUGUACAAUGACCGGUCAGUCCUGGAGAACCACCAUGUCAGUGCUGCCUAUAGACUUAUGCAAGAAGAUGAGAUGAACAUACUGGUCAACCUGUCAAAAGAUGACUGGCGAGAACUGCGGACUCUGGUGAUUGAGAUGGUGAUGAGUACAGACAUGUCCUGCCAUUUCCAGCAGAUCAAAACCAUGAGGAACGCCCUGCAGCAGCCCGAGGGAGUAGACAAGGCUAAAGCCCUAUCUCUGAUGCUGCAUGCAGCUGACAUCAGCCACCCAGCCAAGGCCUGGAAGCUGCACUACCGAUGGACACAGGCCCUGAUGGAGGAGUUCUUCAGACAGGGCGAUAAGGAGGUUGAGUUAGGGCUGCCAUUCUCCCCUCUGUGUGAUCGUAAAGCUACCAUGAUUGCCCAGUCACAAAUAGGGUUCAUUGACUUCAUAGUAGAACCCACAUUCUCUGUGUUGGUGGACACGACAGAGAAGAUCAUUACACCUCUCAUAGAGGAUACCUUAAAGUCACACGACACUGGUGUCCGCAGGUCAAGUUUGACAGGUAGUGGGUCAGUGACGGUGGUGGAGUCAGUCCAGAGACACAGUGGUCGAGGGUCCAGCCAGGGGGUUGACCAGGGGCUCACUACAGACUAUAGCCUGGCUGGCAUUGACCUGAAACGGGUCAGACACACACUGGCAGAGGUCAUCCAACACAACAAAGACAGAUGGAAGGAGCUCUCUGUACAAGAGUUGGCGAGGAAAGAGCAAGCUGAGUUGACUUCUGACCCAGAGGAGGAGUCCCUGAUGAACACAGAGGUUACGUUGACUCACACCAGCCCUGAGAGACACAGCCAGGAGCUUCAAUCAGAGCCCUUCAUUGAACUGAUGAACAACACAAACACAAACUCCAAUAACUCUUCCCAGGAGGACUCAGAGCUGGACCACAGUCCUCACAGGCCUCUGUCACCGUCUGAGGAUAAAGAGACAACAUCACAUGGUUCCAUCUCUCCUGAACACCUACCAUGGAACGGUAGGAAUGCUAGCUAGCGAUAUGAUAUGAUACGAUAUACGAUAUGAUAUACGAUACAAUAUACGAUAGAAUGUACAAUACAACAAUGCAACAUAAUGUAGUGCAACGUAACAUAACGCAACACAACAACAUGCAAUGCAAUACAACACAGCACAAUAGCACAGUGAAACCAACAGUCAUGCCUUUUAACAAUGCUGUUGCCCUGUCAGUAAGCUAUAGCUAUGUGGUAUUUUUCUUGUUUCUAUAAUUGUGUUGUCAGUUACAGCCAUCUGUGACCAAGUGUCGAAGAAAUAGAUAGCUGCCGAGUGGAGGGUUGUCAAGGUUACAGCUGAGUGACGCUGUGUUGUCAUGGUAACUGGUGUUGCUUGCAGGAGAAGGCCCUGAGCCAGUCCUUGAGCAUGGGGAGGAGUCUCUUCAGAGCCCUUGAUUUUGAUAGGCUACCCAACAACACUGCCACUUCCUGAUUCAACAGGCAUUAUAUUUGUUUGUUUUUUUAUUGUAAAUUUGUUCUGAUUCAUUUUAUUGUUAUUUAUUAAAGAUAGGGGUCUUCAUGCUCCAAGUGGU